AUGGAUGGGAUGAAGAAAGAGCAUCAGAAGCUUCACAUAGCUGUGUUCCCAUGGCUGGCCUUUGGCCACUUCUUACCUUUUCUUCAUCUCUCCAGCCACUUAGUUCAAAAGGGUCACCGCAUUUCCUUCCUCUCCACCCUUAAAAACCUUCGUCGCCUCUCUCAAAUUGCUCCAAAUUUAUCCUCACUUGUAACCAUGGUACCACUGCCACUGCCUCUGCCUCUGCCUGCCGUCCAUGGCUUGCUCGACUCCGCCGAGUCCACCUUCGAGUUGCCAUUCCACCUAUUCCUGAAUCUGAAACGAGCCUAUGACCAGCUCCAACUCCCUCUCACUGAGUUUCUACACAACUCCGAUGUCAACUGGCUCAUCUAUGACUUUGCUCCUCACUGGUUGCCCCCAAUCGCCUCUCGACUCGGUAUCAACUCAGUCUUCUUCAGCAUAUUGGGUGCCAGCUCACUCGCUUUCAUGGGCCCGCCGGAGAAGCUGCUCCUCCUCGACCAACAGCAUAUGGAGGACUUAACCGUGGUUCCUGAGUGGAUCCCGUUUCCGUCCACCGUCGCUUACAGGCUCUACGAGGUGAUUGGCAUCCAUGACUGCAUGGACCCUGAAGCUCCCGAUUUCUUCCGAUUGGCAAAGGUCAUUGAAGGCUGCCGAUUCGUGGCUAUCAGGAGCUGCGCCGGGUUAGAGGAUGAUUCAUUGAGCCUCCUCGAAAAGCUGUACCAAAAGCCUGUCGUUCCAGUGGGGUUGCUUCCGGCGGAGGUGAACGAUAGCGAGAGAGACGAGAACUGGGACUCGUUAAGACAAUGGCUUGACGAGAAAAUCCAAAACUCCGUCCUUUAUGUUGCAAUCUGUACUGAGUUUACUCUGAGUCAGGACGAAAUGAACGAGUUGGCAUCUGGAAUAGAGAAACCCGGCUUACCCUUCAUUUGGGUGGUUAAAACUUAA